AUGAAGUGCUCUGCUAUCAUUGCUCUUGCCCUCGCCUGUGGCCCUGCGGCUAUCAUGGCUGCUCCUGUUGCGACUUCCACAGACCCAACAACUGCUUUGCUCGCUGUCAGAGAAGAGGGUGCCCAGCCCCAGGCUAGUUCUCAGGCCACUCCUCAGGGCUCCAGUGCAAUGGGCUCUCAGGGCCAGAAAUCUGGGAAUGAGGGUAUCCUUGACAAGGUUGAGAAGAUUCUUAAGGAUAUUCUCGGUGGUCUCCGCAAGCGUGGUCUUGUUGAAGAAGUCGGAGAGGCAUUGAAGAAGGCAAUGGAUGGUACCAGCGAGCUUGUCAACGGGCAACAAUCCGGAAGCCAGAGUUCUUUCGCCUCCCAGUCCAGUAACCCUGACGCCGAGACUGCCCAACAAACCCCCAAGCAAUCCUCGGACAAUAAUGACUCUGGAUCUGACUCUGGUUCGGGUUCUGGCGUUGGUAAAUUCCUCGGUGGCCGCAACAGUCCUGUCGAUCCCAUCACUGGCGCCGCCGGCUCAGCACCAGCCGAGGCCGAGUCUCUCCCCAAUCAAACCCCAUCUCCAUUGGGCGCCGGCACCGCGCCUUCUAGCUCUGCUUCCCCUCAAGGAGGCCAGGAUAGCGAGCUCCCAUCCAGCGCCUCCCAGCUUAGCCCUGAACAGCUCGAUGCCAUAUUGGGAAUCCUCACUGGUGGACCUAAGCCUUCUCCCUCUGGAUCUGGGCACCAGCAGCAAAAGACUCCUCAGUUCCCUGGUCAGGACGAGUGA